AAACCAGCCCUCGUAAUCCUGCUGCUUGUUGCCACAGCAAACUGGACAUCUGCAAGUCCCGUCCGUUCCGCUCGCUCUCCUUCCAAGAAGGUAAAUUAAUUAUUUCCUCUCAAUCCAAUAAUCAGCACAAAAAGGCUCAGCAGUAAUUCAUCUUGCAUGCCAUGAAGAGCUUGCCUUUUUUUCCUUCUCUGUCUUCUUUUACCGUCAUUUUCUGAUAACCUCUCGCUCGUAUAAUUUUUUGAAAAAAUUAAACGUUUCAAAACCAAUCACCAAAAUAACUGGAUUUAAAAUUUAAGCUUCGCUGCACUUAGAAAUGCAUCUUUAAUUAGAGAUACAAAUCUCUUUGCUUGCCACAAUGUUGUAAUCAAACUUCACUCAGACCGUCGCGUUAUCGCGAUUCCUAUUGUCCUUUGUAGCUACAUUCUACGUAAAUAUUUUUACCACAUAUCUCAACAAACCUGUCAAAAUUCAAAGGUCAGCGCACCGUUCUGAAUAUAAGAAGACUCCGCUCUAAUCUGAGCAUUUUCUAUUGCACAGGUUGUGGAUUAUAAAGUUCAUAUCAGCGAGACUGGGACAGAGUACAACGAGACCAUCGAAGUGGCCACGGAAAAGCAAACUGAACUGUUUAAAGUUCCUGCUCAUAAUGAUGUGGACGAAAGCAAUAUUUUGCACGACUUUAAGACGGUAAGUCUAUUUGUUUUAGCGUCAAGCGGUGUAAAAACAUUAGGAUUUAUCCAAUCGUCGAUCAAACCUAAAAAAGUGCUUAAUCAGUUCAAACCCAACUGACUCAUUAUAAAGCACAAUCUUUUUAUCGUGUUUCAAGCAUAGCAAGUCUUGAUGAGACCUCUUUAAGCCAACUGGGACAACGCUGAACAUGAUCAGCUACCCUUUACUAGACAAGACAAAGGGGACAUAUUCAUCAUGCUUACAAACUUAUGUUUUCGUGUAAAUGAAACACCAGUGUUAAAACAACAUUGGGAUUAUCGAAAAAUUCCUCUUUUAUCGUAAAACAGAAUAUGACUAUGAUGCUGUUGCCGGAAAAAAAGAUAUGCUACCUUAUGCCACUGUCAGAAGAGAUGCCGACACCAGCAAAACUCGAGAGUGAUCUUGACCGGACAGAGGUAAGGACAUGAUCCUUUCUUCAGACAAACGACUCAGAGAAACUGUAUCAUUUAAACAUUAUUAGAUGGCAAAGUAAUAAAACGGUCACAAAAUUCCCUAAUCUUUCAUCUUUUAGUAAAAAACACAACUGCUGUUAAGUCUUUAUUUGCUAACUAUUCGCUAUAAUCAUCAUUCGAGGUGCUGCCACUUAAAUGUCUCACAUCUUGGAUCAUUAUAAGAAGCUGGGAACAUUUUGGAAACUUAACUAGGUAUCCCAGUCUAUUGUUGAGAAACCAAUGAAAAAUUCAAGAAGAGAAAUAUGUGGGUACGGGUUUCAAUGGUUUUGUCCUGGCGGCUGGCUGACCAAAGAAUACAGUGUACUGAUUUGUGAACACUGUGGGAUGCGCAUAGCUUCUCUUUUACAGAAAGACACGUUGCUGAAAAAUUCUUAAACAUCUCGUUGCCGUUUUACAAGAAUUAGAUAUUGUCCUGGCUGCUAGCUGACUAGUGCAUCGAUUGGUGAGAAGUACAGGAGACGCAUGAUUUCUCUUUUGCUUAGGGAUAGCUGAAAAAUACUAAGAAAUCCUGUUGCUAUUUUGCAGGAAUUAGACAAGGACAAGACCAAAAUUAUUGACAGCAAGUGGAUAGUAGACAAAGAGAUGGCUAAUCGGUCUGAACUGAGCGAGGAGUUGGCAAACUUUUGUCCACAAUACCCGAUAUAUCAGGUGAAAAUGAUGGACGACUCAUUGACUUCUACAAGGGUUGAGACAGAAGGUGAGUCAAGGACAGAGAAGUUUGAAAUGCGUAUACCGAAAAAAAACAGAAGGCUAAAUUGCGUUCGCGCUUUCCUUAUGACUUUUAUUAAUUUAUGAAGAGAACCCAAACCCAAACCCAAACAAAACUCUUGUUUAGCAAACUUUACUUGUUGUGACACAUUUAAUGCAGUUGUGUCUCUUCUUUCUACAACAGGAACGCACCAUCGCAGUCGUCGAAAUGCGAGAUCAUUUCCGCCAAUUCACCCAUGUAAUCUGUGCGCAGGUGGAAAAGGCACCGUUACCUAUUGGGAUAAGUGUUGGUGUUCCAAUAGUGGAGGAUACUGGAAAAUUGAAACCAAGAUAGCUUCACGUACAUGCGUUACGAUCCGGGAGUGUUUUUUGUGGUUUUGUUGGUCAAAGCACUUGGUUAACUAUGUAUAUUGUUCCCAAUAUGUUUGCCAACGUCCAACAUACUAUAGACCACGCCCAUAUGAUGAGCUACGCCCAUAUGAUGAACGAAACGCAUCCAUCGCGUUGUAG